GGGCAGCGCGCUACUUCCGGUUCUCAGUUGUCAUGGAGCUUAGGAGUCCCGUAAUGUGGGUGCUGUGGGUGCUGCUCCGCACCGCGGGCUCUGACCCCACGCGCCCACUUGUCAUCAACACGUGGCCGUUCCAGAGGGCGGCGGAAGCAGCAUGGGCGGUGUUGGAAGAAGGUGGAUCGGCUCUGGAUGCUGUAGAGCAAGGCUGUACGCAGUGUGAGAUCGAUCAAUGUGAUGGCAGCGUGGGUUAUGGAGGCAGCCCUGAUGAACAUGGUGAAACCACCUUAGAUGCCAUGAUUAUGAAUGGAAACACAAUGGAAGUUGGAGCUGUUGCUAAUCUUAGAAGAAUAAAAAAUGCAAUAGGUGUAGCCAGAGCUGUCAUGGAACACACUAAGCACACAUUUUUAGUUGGAGAGUCAGCAUCUUUGUUUGCUGAGAGCAUGGGUUUUCCAAGUGAAGAUUUAACCACCAACAAAUCACUUACUAUUUAUUCAAAGUGGCUUGAGCAGAGGUGCCAGCCAAACUUUUGGAAGAACGUGAUUCCUGAUGCUUCUAAGUCAUGUGGACCAUAUAAGCCUGUGAGAGGAUUACAAAACAAGAAGGAGAUUUUUCUUGAGAAAGAAAUAAAUGUGCAUAACCAUGAUACAAUAGGAAUGGUUGCAAUUGAUAAAGCUGGAUGUGUUGCCACAGGAACAUCUACGAAUGGUGCAACUCACAAAAUCCCAGGGCGCAUCGGAGAUUCACCAAUUAUCGGGGCAGGAGCAUACGCAGACAGCACGGUGGGUGGAGCAGCAGCCACAGGAGAUGGCGACACCAUGAUGAGGUUUUUACCAAGUUACCAAGCUGUGGAGUACAUGAGGAUGGGAGCAGAUCCCACAGACGCAUGUAAAAAGGCCAUUCUCAGAAUACAGAAGUAUGUUAAAAACUUCUUUGGGGCUGUGAUCUGCGCUAACACUACAGGAAGCUAUGGUGCAGCCUGCAGCAAAACUGCUGGAUUCACCAAGUUUCACUUUACAGUAUUCAAGACCGGGCUGAAGGACCCACUGGAAGAAGUAGUGGACUGCUUAUAGCAUCUUUGCUGACCGGUAUAGAAUGGAUCAACGUAGUGUUUUACUUGUGGCAUAGGUCCGUCCUAUAUGCCUAUAGCUAAACGUGACUGACAAUUUAAAAUAAAACUGGGAUAUUUAGCCAAA